ACUUUGAAUAUAAGGCCAGAUCAGACUUAAGGAGUAAAACCUGAUAAUGAUGCAUCUGGCAACCUACAAGAUGGUUUAGAUCCAAUUAAUGAUCCAAUAGUGAGGAAACCCCCUGACUGGGAUAAUUGAAUCCAAAUUGAUGAUCCAAAAGACAUCAAGCCUGGUGAGAGAACUGCUACAAUUUUUGGCAACUUCUUGCUAAAAGAUGCUGAGGUUUAUUCAGAAGACUUUGGAGAUGAAACAUGGGAAGAAACGAAGGAUCCCAGGGUCCUGAAAAAGGAAUUGAAAGUAAAGCAGACUGAGGAAGAGUAGGAGAGAGAGGGUUACAGGAGAAAAUACUUUGAGCAGCAGUUUAAGAAAAAACUAGAGAGCAAAGAGGACUCUGGAAGGCACAGAACAGCCAGGAACACUAUCAAGAGGGAAGAGCUUUAAUUGUUAUUUGAAAGAAGCUCACAUUUUUUUCCACUUACAUCACUUAAGGAUUGUGGUAUUCUGUUAACAGCUUGUGGAAAUCUGCACCAAUGGAACUGUAUUAAGAAAGGAUUU